UGGCUCGGACGUAGAACGUAGACAGGUCCGCCUUGCCUUUCCUUGAUUUAUAAAAAAAACGGAAUUGAAUUUUACUGAAUAGUAAAUAAAUAAUUCAUUUGUAUUAUUUUUUUUAACAUAGUACCUAUCGAAUAUUGUGUUUAUUCAUCGAGUUUAGUGCUCCUAUUUAUACUUAUUUGUAACCUUAAAAAUGGAAGAGGAUAAAUCAAUAGAAAAUUCCCAAAAUGAAACUAAAAUUGAAUUCAAGAAGCCUGUCCUUAUUGGGCGCAUCGGAAAGCUUCCUAAAAAAGCCAAGAGUGAUAUCGAAAAGCCUACCGAACCAAAAGCUGACGAAAAAACGAAUGAAUCUUCAGGAGAUAGUUCGUCCAAAAGCAACCUGCCUCCGGCCGUUUUACUGAAAGAAUUGUCGACCCCAAUUCCAUACAAAGAACCCAAGUGGUCUGGGCUUUGUCCAGAUGGUUCAGAAUACGGUUUAGAAGUCCUCAAAUCCGGCAUGAUUGUGGAAAAAGUUGAUUUGACAAACAAAGCGUUUUACGUGUUUGGGCGGCUGGCUAAUUGUGAUGUCAUAAUGGCACACCCCACCAUAUCAAGACACCAUGCAGUCCUUCAAUACAAAGCGUUCGCCACAGAAGGAGAGCCACCCUCCGGAUGGUAUCUCUAUGACCUUGGCAGCACCCAUGGGACAUUCCUCAACAGAGAGCGCUUGAAGACCAGCCAUUACACCAGGGUGAGGGUUGGACAUCAGAUCAAGUUUGGGAACAGCACAAGGACUUACAUUAUGCUGGGUCCAGAUUUCGACUGCGAUGGAGAAUCGGAACUCACCGUGUCUGAGAUCAAACAGAGAGCUGAGAACAUGAAGGCAGAGCGAGAGAGAAUGAUACAGGAGGCGGUAGAACAGAGAGAGAAAGAUAGAUUGGCUGAGGAGAAGCGGCGGGAGGAGCAGGGGAUUGAUUGGGGAAUGGGAGAGGACGCUGAAGACGAACCAGAUUUAGCGGACAAUCCAUACGCGGUGACGGCCAAUGAGGAACUGUAUCUGGAGGAUCCCAAGAAAACAUUGCGAGGUUAUUACGAGAGGGAGGGGCACGAGUUGCUGUAUGACUGCGAGGAGAGAGCGCCCGGGCAGUUCAUGUGCAGAGUGGAGUUGCCAAUAGACGACGCCAGAGGGCGCCCCGUGACGGCGGAAGUGCUCCACCGCGGCAAGAAGAAGGAGGCGGUGGUCGCGUGCGCAUUGGAGGCCUGCCGGGUGCUGGACAGGGCCGGGCUGUUGAGGCAGUCUAAACACGAGUCCCGUCGUCGCAAAGAGAGAGACUGGUCGGCUGAUGACUAUUACGAUUCAGAUGACGACACGUUCCUGGACCGAACGGGGGCCGUGGAGAAGAAGAGGAACAUACGUAUGAAGAAGCAUACCCAACAGCCGGAGAAACCUCUCACUUAUGAUGACCUGCUAAAACAAAUAACGGACAUCGAAACCAAAAUAUCAGCCGAAGAGAAGUGCCUGGCGAGAUUGCGGGAAAACUCCAAGCCUGUACAGCAUUCCAGCGAGGAAGACGCCUUGGACGCCUUCAUGAGCACGCUGAGCGGUAAACAGAGCGUUGCCCAGAAAGCUGACAUUUCCAAUGCGAAGAUGAACAUAAGAAAACUACAAGCGGAACUUAGCAAAGUGCAAAGGUUAGCGGAAAUAGCGCGACCGGCACAUCUCCCGCCGCUAAUAAAGAAAGGGACGGACAGACAAGAAAACAAGAUGGCGGUCAAAGUCGGAUCUAAUUCAGUUGUUUAUGGGAAAAGAAUAAGAUUAAAAGAAGACGCAGAAAGGCGGCCAAAAGUGAGAAAAGAAGUUAAACAAGAGGAGAAAGAGUUUGUAGAAGAAAUGGACUCGGACGAGGAAGUCAAGGACGAUAAAGCAGAUAUUGAGAGUGAGAAGAAGACUGUUGAUGAUACGAGCGCGAACGAGACAGCAACAGAUGCCAGUGAGAGUGAAAGAGACGAAACGCCGAGGAAAAUGUACGGGCCAAUGAGACCGCCGGAAGAUUAUGUCAUACCUGAAAACUAUUUUGAUCAAGAAACAGAGAGGGAUUUACCCGAAAUUAUAGAGGAAUAAUGUUAAGCAAUAAAUUAUUUUAUUGUUUCUA